AUUGGAUGAUGAAAUGUAGGUUAACCAAUCAAAUGGUAUGUGACAAGAGCAGACAGACGGUCUACAACAACAAAUAUGUCGCCGACUAUAUUUUUCUGAAAGGUCUUGACAGAUCCUGCAUGUUUAGUUUUCGACCUUCAUUUCAAGUUACAAGUAGCAGGAUGGUGCUGUUUUCGCUCACAUUCGUUAGACAUGGGGAAACGCUGUAUAAUAGGAAAAGCAUUAUCCAGGGUCAAAUGGACGUGCCUCUCUCAAGCGUGGGUGAGCAGCAAGCCGGAUUGGUGGCUGCGAGACUCCAACGUGAGAGAUUCACACACAUUUUCUCCAGUGACCUCUCACGUGCCAGUGAUACUGCAAAGAUCAUCGCCCAGGCUAACAAAGUCUGUCUCAGUGAUAUCAUCUUGGAUAAAAGACUCAGGGAAAGGAAAUUUGGUGAGUUGGAGGGAAAGCAAUCCAAGGAGCUGAUGCACAUGGUGAAGAAGGCUAAGAAGAAAUACCUAGACUACACACCACCAGGGGCCGAGUCUUGCUUACAGUUACGAGAGCGGGCGAAGUCGUUUUUCGCAGAUCUAUGCAAACUUUGCUCCAACUUCCUUGAUGAAGAGGAAGCACACACCCCUGCCAAGAUCAAGCGUCGUCAUGGCGGCAGUCUUGGUCGUCACAGUCGCCAGAGUAACAAGCGUCUACAGCUCAGUGGCCGAAGUCAGUCAUUCUGUAGUAGCGGCAAUCCUCAGCACAUUAUCUCUGAGAUGACACUUAUGUCCGAUGAAGAGGAUUGCAAUGAAAACAGUAUUUACGAGAAAGAUGACAUGUGUCAGACCAACAGCUAUAUAACUAUGCAAGAUAAUGACAAUUUCGGAAACAACGGGAAGGUUCUUCCUGACUAUCAGUACAGGGAUGGGGUUCAAAGUAGCUCUGAUGAUUCCAGUAUGAGUGGAGAUCUCAGACAUAAAGGCAGCCUACAGUCAGAGGCUGAUACUUGUUCCGAAACCAGCUCUGACAGGUCACCGUCUUCCCAGGAUAUGAAUGGCAGCGAGUCUGACAGCACUCUGUCAGAAUUUGUGUGCCACAAAGUGCCGUUGAGUUUCGGUAGUGAAAUACAGACUAGUCCCCAUUCCCCACAUUUUACACACCCAUCACCCUGUCCCACAGCAAAGAGGCCUGCUGAAGAACUUGAAAGAAAUUCACAGUCGUAUGAGUGCCCGAACGUGUCAUUGACAAACUCCUCUAGCGCACACCAGUUUUCAAGCAUUUCUAGCAUCAGUUCAGGGCGAAACAGUAGUUUCGAUGAUUUGGAAGGCCUGCCACUAACUGUCGCAGAUAUUCUUAUAGUGAGUCAUGGAGGCUUUAUCAAGGAAUGCUUACGCUAUUUUGUGGAUUCGCUGGACUGUAAAAUACCAGGUGUGAAAGGUCAUGCCCUGAAAGUUUGCCCUAAUUGUAGUGUCUCAAAGUUUAAUAUUACUAUAGACGAGUCUACCGGACACCCUUCAGUGACUUGCAUCCUCAUACAUGACAAAGAUCAUUUGAUUGACCUGAACUUGCCACCCGCAAAAGGAACAUACUGAGACUUACAGGCACUAAAUUACAGUGUUUACAAUAUUAUAUAUACCUGGUAUUCAUGUUUUUGAAGUAACAUGGUAUUAUAUGAUAUAGACAGUCACACGAUCGAGCCUUAUAAUAUUUGUUCAUAUUCCAACAAAGAUUGUUUUUGGGGGCUUGGUCUGCCAUGGAAAUUGUGUACAUACGCAAUGCCUCUUGUUAUUUGGUUUUAAAGUGCUGACUGCUUGAAAUUAGCUUUGCUAUGCACAUUGUUUUGUGAUGUAAGUGCUUAUUCAAUGUACAUUUUGAGAUUUUAAAGGGGAAAAUAGUAUAUAGCAUAAUUAUAUAUUUUGUUACAAAAAUUGUCUGACAAAAUAAACAUGAGAAAGUCAUUCAUAAAGUGACUAUUCAUCUUAUAACAAAUCAUCAAAAAUAUAUAUAUGACAAAAUGUUUAUGGCAGCUGUUCAUGUUUUUUGAUAGAUUUUCAUUUUUUUUAACUGUCAUUUUAGUGCAGUAUUAAAAAUGAAUUCUCUCAUUUUUUUAUUUAAAUGAUAUUCAUUUUAUUUCAUUCUCAAAUAUUGUUAUAAAUAUUUAUAUAAUUUGUUUAUAUAAACAUUAGCAUAAGAACAAGAUAUUAAACAAUCAAAGAUCAAGUAAUGAUAUUAUUACCAGUAUGUUUUUAAUUAAAAUUAUCUAUAUAUCGAAAUACUUGCAUUAGGGGAAUUUUCUCCUAAAAUUUUGAAAAAUUCUUAAGCUGGCAUCGCAUUUUCAAUUAUGUUAUUAGUAAUUUAUAUUAAAUAAGUAAAUAUUUACUUUUUUUAUAAUUAUUAUAUGAUGGUGCUUUGUUUAUAAUGGCUUUUUUAAUACUAAGGGGGGGGAGCUCAGAAAGUGACUAGAAUUCCAUUGCGAUAUUUAUGAUAAAUGAAUGUGUUCGAAUGGACAGAAAAAUAUUUGUACUGAAUUUGAUGUUCUGAUGAUUUAUAUCAAGAUGCUGAAAUAUUAAUCUAAAUAGUGUCAUUUCCUUUUUCUUGUUGAUAUCACUAGAUCAUGAUAAUCUUAAUAAUAAAAAAUGAAAUGCA